AUUAUAAUCCAUCUUGUAGUUAAGAAUGUAGUAAUAUACUAUAUAUAAAUAAGAUCAGCACCACCACCACAUUGAGCCCUGUUUUUAGUUUCUUCUUUCCUUCCUUCCUUCCUUCCUUCCCUGCUGCUGCAUAAGAACCAUUUUUUGUGUUAGUUUGAAUGGAUGAAGAGUGUGAUUAUCUGUUCAAGGCAGUACUGAUCGGAGACUCUGGAGUAGGGAAAACAAAUAUGCUAUCAAGAUUUUCAAAAGAUGAAUUCAGGUUGGAUUCUAAACCAACUAUAGGAGUUGAAUUUGCUUACAGAAACAUCAGGGUUAAAGACAAACUCAUCAAAGCUCAAAUAUGGGACACUGCCGGCCAAGAAAGGUUUAGAGCAAUCACAAGUUCGUAUUAUAGAGGAGCCUUGGGAGCAUUAUUGGUGUAUGACAUAACGAGGCGAUCGAGUUACAAAAGUGUAGGCAGAUGGUUAGGGGAACUAAGGGAGUUUGGUGGGGAAGACAUGGUAGUUAUUCUGGUUGGUAACAAAUGUGAUCUUGGUGAAUCAAGAGAAGUAGAGGAAGAAGAAGCUAAAGAGUUUGCAGAGACAGAAGGGUUGUUUUUUAUGGAAACCUCUGCUUUGAAGAAUCUAAACGUUGAACAAGUGUUCUUACAAAUGAUCACAAAGAUACUUGAAAUCACAAACCAGAGAAGUUUGGAAGCCAAAAUGGAUGAGAAACCGAUUAAUCUUUUGAAUGGGAAGGAGAUUCAUAUAGCUGAUCAUGAUGAUGAAGUCACCGCAACUAAACAGGCUCCUUGUUGUUCGUGAUCAUGAUCGAGAUUUUGCAAGAAUCUUUUAGUGUUACAUUUACUAGUACUUAAUUAUCCAAUUUUUCAUUAAGGUUUUGAUUGGCGUUUCCUUAUUAGUAAAUUAUUACAGAUUGUGGCCAUGAUUUUCUUACCCCAAUGAUAUUUAAAUGAGGACUAUAUAUAUAUA